CUGACAACUCCCACCCUUAGAUUCGGAAUUUACUAUCUCGAAAGGCCAGUCCAUUCUCUCUUCAUUCCUCUUCAUCCCUCCCCACGCUCUUUUCUUCCUAUCCAAACUACCUUCAGUCUUUACUUUCUCAAAGUCGCUCUUUUUGCAAAAGACGAACCCUAACAAACCAACACUUUUUCCAACCCUCUUUCCAACCCCAAACUCCAACCAACCCCCCUUUCUUCCAAGAUGCGCUUCUCCGUUCUCUCCACCGCUGGCCUCAUCGGCGCCGCCAUUGCCGCCCCUCGCCCCGCCCCCGUCGCCCUCAACUACGACGAUGUCGUCGUCAUCGGCGAGGACGGCACCCACCAGAUCAUGAAGUCGGCCGAGUACGACGCCCUCCAGGCCCGCGCCGCCCUCGCCCCGGCCCCGGACGUCAAGCCCAUCGAGGGCCUCGAGCGCCGCGGCUGCGAGGAGUCCACCGAGGUCCAGGUCCUCUCGGACGACGAGUUCCUCAACUGGGACGUCGCCAUCUCGCCCGUCCUGAGCUCCAUCGGCGGCAGCGCCACCGUCUCCGUCGCCAACGGCUACUCCCUCGCCAACACCGUCACCGUCAGCUCUGGCGUCACCGGCAGCUUCGCCGAGGGCGUCCUCGGCGUCUCCCUGUCCGUCAGCUACGCCGAGACCUGGACUACGACCGAGACCCAGACGCUCGGCUUCACCGUGCCCGAGGGCCAGUACGGCCUCGUCGUCUCCCAGCCCAACGUCCGCCGCGUCACCGGCAACAUCCUCACCGGCUGCACCGACAGCCCCAGCAAGUCCUCGUUCCAGUCCGACACCUACUCGAGCCAGGCCUACGGCAACCUCGCCUGGGUCAAGGGCGUCAUCCGUCUCUGCAACAGCACCACCUACCCCGUCCCCUACUGCAUUGGCAACGGUGAGCACCGAUAAGCGUCUCGCCUGCCGCCGCCUGCUCACGGCCCGCCGCGCUUUCGUUCGACGUCGAGGGUGUGCGGCGGAGAACACACAAAUCUGCCCACUCUUCGAGAGAGCCAACAAAACCUCAGGGAUGUCUGGAACUGAUAGGAGUUUUGGAGGGUCUUCUCUUGGACGAAGCAACCCAAGGACACGCAUGAUAUAAUGUCAAUAACACCCCCCACCUUGUCCUGUUAUACCACUUGUGCACUUGCUUUACGCGACUUAUGCAUGUUGUUUUUUGUACAUAGAAUUGAGGGAGAUUUUGGAUAGAAUUUUUACAAGAGCGAUUAAACCAC